CUCUAUCCAUCAGACGAUAAUGUAAGAAGAUAAAGGGAAAUUACAACUACACGGAAAGGAAAUAAGUUGUCUUUUAUUCAAAAGAACAAUGGAUGAUGAUACUGAAAAUUUGGUUGUGUUGGUACUUCUGGGAAUAUUCAGUGUAACCGGAAGUGUCGGAAAUGCUCUUGUCAUAUACAUCUAUUCCAGGAAGAGAGACAUAACAACCUCGUCAUUGUUUAUCUUAACUCUGGCUGGUACUGACUUGUUUACUUGUUUGAUAAUUAUCCCGUUCAAUAUUGUGGUUCUUCAUCUAAACUAUACACUUUACUACGAAUUACCAUGUAAAUUAUAUAUGUUUUUGAUUACAUGUAAUGUUCCUUUUUCCGCAUUUGUCAUGGUCGCCAUCGCAUUUGACCGAUACUUUUGUAUUUGUCAUCCAUUUUUACACGCAAUAACAAUUCCAAGGGCUAAAAUAAUCGUGAUGAUUAUGGGAGUGUUUGCUUGUAUUUUGGGAAUAAUGACAUCCUUAACUCACGGAAUAUUUUCUAUCAUAGAUCCGCCAUCUUUAAAUGUAACUAUAAAUGCCGCCAUUAAUUCUACAGUUUCGUCUUACAUAUCACAAAAGAUAAUAAAUGACACACUAUUAGGUAAUAGUUCCGUGCCUCCUUCAUUGUCAACAGCAACUAUUGGUAUAAACGUUAGUUCGGAAGCGGAUGAAUAUGAAGGGUAUGGUCACGGACAGUGCGUGCCAAGUACCGAAAUCUUCAACAGCUCUGUCACAUAUGUUUACCAGAAGAUUUACGCUGGAUUUUAUCUCAUAUCCUUUCUUAUUGUUCUAAUUUUGUACGGAUUAAUAUAUCGAUCGAUUCACAUUCGACGUGCCUUGAAGGCCAAGCGAAAACGAUCAUGUUUAUUUCCAGCUUCUCCGAAUGAAUAUUCUGCCGUUGAUACACAAAUGACAGUUUUAAACAAUGGCCAUGAGAUCGAAGGAAAAGAUGGAGAUGGUCAGAAAAAGUUCAGAAAAAAAAGUCUUGGCUUGAAAGAAAAAGUGUUUUAUGCCAACAUACGAACUGCCGCCAUGUUGUUUAUUGUAACAAUAGUGUUUUUGAUUGCCUUUUUGCCCUCAUGGUUGAUGGCACAUGACCUUGUGCCGUUUAGUAAGAUUUUAUUCUACAUGUAUUUUAUUUACAACGUCGCUAAUCCUAUUAUUUAUGCCUUCAUGAACACUUCUUUCAGAGACGAUCUACAGGCGGUCUUUAAAAGAAUUUGCAACAGUAAGUAGCGUCAACUGUCAGUGGCAUAUCAUGGAUUAUAUUAUAUGAUACUGUCAUUCCAGAGGUAUUCCGGAUCUACUUUGCUCAAGGUUUUAUAUCACCAUUAAGGUGAUUGAUAUAAAAACAAUGUCUGAAAGAAAUUCUACGAAAUGAAUUUUCACAUUGCCAUGAUAGAUAAAGGACACAACAGAUCAUUAAUUUAUUGUAUUGGUAUUCAUUUGUUUCUUAUAAACGUUUUAAAUGUAGUCAGUUAUUAUCGUUUAAUAUUUUAGAGUGUGAUUGUAAAUGUCUACAGAUGUAGUUUGAAGAAACUUGAUUUGCAAUUUGAACUGGAGAUGAGAAGCAAUAAGUCAAUUAUUUACUUUCAGCAAUCUUUUUUUUGUGUGUGAAAUCUUGAAUUUAUAACCUUUUCAAAUAAUGUAUUUCAGUGUUUGUGAAUAAAUUAAGUGACCCUGA